AUGGUAAUGAGGUUUGGCUUGAGCAACAAGUUUGAUACAGAAUUUCCUUCUGUUCUUACAGGGAAGGUUGCCCCAGAAGAAUUCAAGACCAGCAUCAGCCGUGUGAAUGCCUGCCUGAGGAAGAAUCUCCCUGUCAAUGUAAAGUGGCUGCUUUGUGGCUGCCUGUGCUGCUGCUGCACACUGGGCUGCAGCCUGUGGCCCGUAGUCUGUCUUAACAAAAGAACUAGAAGAUCAAUUCAGAAGUUACUAGAAUGGGAAAAUAACAGACUAUAUCAUAAGCUCGGUUUGCACUGGAAGCUGAGUAAAAGGAAAUGUGAAACUAGCAAUAUGAUGGAAUAUGUAAUAUUAAUAGAGUUCUUACCAAAAUAUCCCAUAUUUCGACCUGACUGAGGAACAGCAUUUGGCCUUUCAUGUUACCUGUCAUUUUCUACCUUUAGUGCCUUGUAGAUGAUUUUGGAAAGAAGAUGGUCUACUUUGCUGUGACUUAAACAUGUUCUUCAGUAGAGUAUCUUCCUUGCUAUGUUACUUUCUUUUGUUAAGAAGAGAACAAUUUGCACAUUUUUUUAUGUUAAAUGAUGCUUCUAUGUUGCACUCUUGAAUUUUUAACUUUAACUGAUAAAGUUGCCACUAGGGAUCUAACAUCAGUGCUGCUUAAACUUGUUCUGAGCAUGCUGCCUUAUUAAUUUCUAUAUUUGCUGUCCUCAAACACACAUCCUAGUGCCAUGUCAUACUAUAUUUCAUACUAUAUUUCAUUCUCCACGUUGCAAUCCUGUAACCCCUCCAUAGAAAUGGCCAGGUAAGCACCUCGUAGUUAUGAGUUUAGUAUAACCUGCUUGCAUAGGACUUGCAAUCAACAGCACUGGUUUUGUCCUGCACUUUGCAAAAUCAUCAUUUACAUUAGGGGGCUAAUUAUUUUACCCACUAUGGAUUUGUAAAUAUUGACUCUUUGCAUAAUGUCAAGUGUGGUAUGCCAAGGUUUACAGAAUGUAAUAUAGCUCUUAUUCUAUUGCCAACAGGCUGACAUCAUUUUACUUAUUACAUUUGCUAGUGUCCCUCCCUGUACAGACCCUCUCACCUGCUGGUUU